AUGGGGUCGAACUUUCAGACUUUAUCUGCUCAACCCCGUAUGGUGGGGAUGAUUGCUCUCCUUGCUUUUACAGGAUUGCUAGUCUUUAUGGUUUUCUUUAUCACGGCAACUAUGAACGCCAUUGUGAUCUCUCUUCUCAUGUUGUUAGCGGCUAUAGGCGGAUUCUUGGCUCUUUUUUUUGCCGUCCUAACAUCUAUUUAUAUUGGCGCUCUAUCAGUUGAUGUAUUUAUCAUUUCCACUACUACAACCAUAGCAAUUUUUGUUGUGAUUGUGGCUACAAGAGGCAGCAACGGAGGUUAUGAAGGCGAAAAUGAUAAUUUGGCUGUUGGAGCAGCGGCGGCUGGGGUGGUUUCUUCUCGAAGAAGGAGAGAGGAGAGGGUAGUGUUGCUGGAGCAUGAGGAAGGCGGUGCUAUGGCGGUUUGGGCUUUUGCGCAGCGGUGA